GCAAAAAGGAAGUUUAUCUUUUUCUCGCCGGAACUCCAAGAAACCGCCUCGCCGGAAAUUUCAGAGAGUCUAAAAACUCACGGUGGUCGAAGGAUUAAAAUGUCGCUCUUCUCCAUCCUCGCCAUUUUCCCACCAUUUCCUUCACUCCUUUAGCACCGAUUCUCGUCCUGGCUCUCUCUUUUUUUUUUGGUUCGUCUUCUUCCGCUGAUUUCGCUCUCCUUCCGUCUCUCCAUUUCGCACAGAAAAGGAGCAAAAAAAAUGGUUUCGUCCCGAUCUCCUUUUACUACGCAACAAGUCCAAAAUUCGGCCGGCCCCAUCCGUGGAUUUAGUGGACCAGCAGGUGGUCAACGUGGAGUUGACCAGUUCCGCGACCUGGCCGUGCCCCUGAAAAAGAGCAAGAAGGGGGGAACGAGAACCAUUUGCCCUCCACCACCGCCAGACUCUCCUCCGUCGGCCACCGCCAGCCCCGCCGGCGGCGGGCCAAUGUUGACGGGAUCCAGCUCUGGACGUCUCCGUCGUUUGAGUCCCGAGGAGGAGAAGGAUCGAGAGCUGGUGAGGAAGGCCCUGGAGGAGUACAACCGCACGGUGGAAGUUCUUCGGAGAGGGAAACCCAAGUCGAAAACCCACAAUCCCGCCGGUGUCUACAAAGAAGCCGUGGACGUUCUUCGCCGGAAGCGAGCUUGCGUGAAUGACGAGAAACGGUUGGGGAGUGUCCCCGGAGUUGAGAUCGGCAAGUGUUUCCACCACUGGGGGGAGAUGAUGGUGGUUGGUGUUCACCAUCCGUAUCGAAGAGGGAUAUCGGUGAUGAAGCAAGACAGCGGGAUCAGUUUGGCAACCAGCAUUGUGGCUACCGAUUCGAAGGAGAAUUCGGUCACGGUGGAGAGGAUCGUGUACGUGGGCGAAGGGGGAAUGCCGUACGGUUGCACCGAUGGGAAGCUGGCGAGGGAUCAGAAGCUUGAUGGUGGGAACCGGGCUCUGGAGAAUAGCAUGAAGAUGAAGCAGCCUGUGAGGGUGAUCUGCAAGCUGCCGUCGUUGGGUUCAGCUGCGGGCUAUGUCUAUGUCUACUAUGGCUUGUACUUGGCGGUGGAGAUGAAUGAGGUUACGAGCGUCCAUGGGAAGGUGGUGUUUCAGUUCGUGAUGAGAAGGGUUUCGGGCCAGCCGGAUCUUCCUGGGAAUCGGAGGCUGCAGUGAGCUAACAACUAGCGAUGGAUGAUGGUGUGGGAUGCGCUUAGCAAGGUACACAAUGCACAGGCAAGUCGUUGUUGAUGAUGAUGAAUAUGCGUUUAAUAGUUUUUUAGUAAGCUUACAUAGGCAGUAGCAUGUCUCGGCAGUUGGUAGAAUAUUAUGACUUGGAUCGUUUAGUUUGCUAGCCAUAGUAGGCACAUAAGCAACUAGUGAUUAGGCUUCUCUGGAACUGGAUUUCGUUGUAGGUGCUUUGUUGGUGAGCCGCGAUGGUGAGAACUUAGUUUCCUGUUAUUAGGUUGUAGGAGGAAUCGUCCGCUCCUCUUAAGAAUCCUCUUAAGAAUGCAAACUUGUUUUUGGGAGUGAGAAUGAGAUCUUAUGUUAACAAUGAAGAUGCAUCGACUACUCUUAAGGUAGGGUGAAUGGAGAGCCUGUUUCGAAAGUAUGUUAACGAUGAGGAUGCAUAGACUACUGUUAUGUGGUCGUGUUCGUUGCUUAAAAUCCAUACUCCAAGGUAUGUCGAUGAAUAAAGCACCCGUUUUGACAACGAUGAAGAUGCAUCGACCUUGAGACUAGCAGUUCGAAGUAAGAUGGAUUUGGAAUUGCCAGGGAGAGUGUGGCAUUACUAAAAAUAUGAAAAUGUUCAUGCACGAUGCAUACACUGCUAAAUUGGGGCUAGAAUCUAUGCGUCACUUGGCCGGUUGACC